GAAGCAGCGGGAUAUAUGAAGGGUACGGUAAAUGAGUAAUUUUGUGUAAGAAAACUAUUUAAUCCAACGCAAAAAAGUGACACGGCAUCGUAUGAGGGCCACAAGCAACACCGAAGGGCGUAUUUUAAGCAGGACAAAACCAAAUCCGAAAGCCAAAUGUCUCAACAGGAACCUCUGGUAAAAUGAGAAGAAAAACAGAUCGAGAGAGAAGAAAAAGGGAAUCGCAGAUUAGUUCACGAAUAUGCAUGAAUUAGCCACAGCGCAAAAUUUCCCUUGUAUGUCUGACGCCUUUUCAAGAUCCAUUUGUCAUCCUCCUCCUACUUUCUUUUCACGAAAUCAUAUAAAAUCUUCAGUAUCCAUCCGCCGAUUCUUCAGCUACCCGGUGUUCGCGCCUCAGAACUUCGAAUCUGGUUACUUGACCUAUCGGAGGAAGAGCCGCGUGAGCCUUGUGAGAGCGAGCCGCAGAGAGUCUCCGUACGAAGUGCUUGGCGUUUCUCCAACUGCAACUCCGAAUGAAAUUAAAAGGGCUUAUCGGAAACUGGCUCUCAAGUAUCAUCCCGACGUCAAUAAAGAGCCUAAUGCACAGGAGAACUUUAUGCGCAUUAAGCAUGCAUACAACACAUUGCUGAAUUCUGAAUCUCAAAGGAAAUAUGACUAUGGGAAUCGUGGAUCUGAUUUUUCAUACUCGUCAGUGCAACGAAACAGAAACUCCCAAGAUGAAGAACCAUUUUACGGACUUGGUAAUUUUUUCGAAGAUGUUCAAAUAGCACUAGGGGACUUCUUUAAGGAUCUUCAAGAAGAAUUUCGAAACUGGGAGGCCAGUGCUUCUUUGCAAGGGGCGCCAAAGAGCCUAUGGGAAGAACUGGCGGAAAUUGGGGAGGAAUUUGUAGAGUUUCUUGAGAAAGAACUCAACAUAACUGAUUCAGAAGAUGAAACAAACAACGAUGAAGAAGCAUCUGGGAAGGCAGAUUCUUUCAGAACUUCCACUGCAGAUAAAGCAAGAAAUGGUGUUCGGGAUCAGGCCAGCAAGAGCAGUAGUAUCGAGGAGAAUAUCGACGAGAUAGAAGCCACUCUUUUGAAGUUGAAGAAGGAAUUAGGCUUAUAGCAUGGCCUUUCUGUCAAGAGAACAUCAAAUUGGGUCUUUCAAAUUAUCUUGUGUGAUGCCAUUCAAAUGGCGUAUAAUUUGGUUGAGAUUGGCAAUAUUUGGCCAUGAACUCCGAUGAACUGAAAUUUUCUCUUUUAAAAUUCUUGCUGCUCACAGAGGCCUUAAAUGUACACUUCCAAAAAGUUCGAAUUGUUCCCUCCUUUUUAAUAUAUAUAAAAAAAAACAAAUUGUAGUAUUAA